AUGAAGCUCUUCAGCUUCUGGGCUGUUGCUUUUGCUCUUUGUCUUUUUGGGGCGUGGGAGGUAGAUGGGUUCUUGGAGAUGAACGAAGAAGAGAUAUUUUACACUGAAGCUCAUGCUUCUCAUUAUAAUGAAUCUAAAGCUGUUUAUGGCAACAAUGCUUUGUCGGUUGGCCUUACUCUCAUCAAAUCAGCUGCUGCUAAAGGAGCGGUCUGUUUGGAUGGAACAUUGCCUGGAUACCAUUGGCAUCGUGGGUAUGGUUCAGGGGCAAAUAGUUGGCUUAUUCAGUUGGAGGGAGGAGGAUGGUGUAAUACUGUUAGAGCUUGUGUUUAUCGGAAAACAACUCGGCGAGGUUCAUCUAACUACAUGGAAAAGCAGUUGCAAUUUACAGGAAUAUUGAGCAAUAGAGCUGAAGAAAAUCCUGAUUUUUACAACUGGAACAGAGUUAAACUCCGUUACUGUGAUGGUGCCUCGUUUACUGGGGACAGUGAACAUAAGGCUGCACAACUGCAAUUUAGAGGACAACGUAUAUGGUCAGCUGCAAUGGAAGAUUUAAUGUCUAACGGAAUGCGCCAUGCCAAUCAGGCUCUUCUUUCUGGCUGCUCUGCUGGCGGCCUAGCUUCUAUUUUACACUGUGAUGAGUUUAGGAACUUGUUUCCGGGAAGAAUUAGAGUGAAAUGCCUGAGUGAUGCUGGUUUAUUCCUUGAUGCAGUUGAUGUUUCUGGUGCGCGCACCUUAAGAAAUGUAUAUGGUGGAGUUGUGGGCUUGCAGGGGGUGCAGCACAACCUUCCACGAAUAUGCAUCAACCACCUUGAUCCAACUUCGUGCUUCUUCCCUCAAAACAUAAUCGGCAACGUUAAAACCCCACUGUUCAUUCUCAAUGCAGCCUAUGAUUCAUGGCAGAUCCAGUCCAGCUUAGCUCCCCCAUCUGCAGAUCCCCGUGGCUAUUGGGGUGAUUGCAGAAAGGACCAUUCAAAAUGUUCUGCAUCUCAAGUCCAAUUUCUGCAAGGAUUCAGGAAUCAAAUGCUAAAUGCAAUAAAAGGCUUUUCAAAGUCUAGACAGAAUGGGUUGUUUAUAAAUUCUUGUUUUGCUCACUGCCAAUCAGAGAGGCAAGAUACAUGGUUUGCCGAUAAUUCUCCUGUACUUGGAAACAAGCCUAUUGCACUUGCUGUUGGAGAUUGGUAUUUCGACCGUUCAGGCGAGAAGGCCAUCGAUUGUCCCUAUCCCUGUGACAACAGUUGCCACAAUCUGGUUUUUAGAUGA